AUGGAGUUUUGCAAAGUAGUUUUGCAAGUUUUGUUUUUGUGCAGUUUAUGCAACUUAGCAUGGGGUAAAACCUCUAAAUCAGACAUCGAAAGUCUGAUCCUGUUCAAAUAUGCUGUGGAGGAAAGUUCAAUCUUCCCAUCUACAUGUCUAAGUUCAUGGAACUUUUCAGUUGAUCCAUGUGACUAUGCAGGAACCAGCCAAUUUAUCUGUGGGAUCAGAUGUGAUGUAAAAGCAAAGGGUAGGAAGAGAAUCACAAGCCUUACAUUAGAUCAGCCAGGAUACAAGGGUUACUUGGAUCCUUCUAUUGGAAAUCUAAGAGAGCUCACAGAGCUCUACUUAGCAGGGAAUGCAUUCCAUGGAAUCAUCCCCCAGAGCAUUAGUAGAUUAACUAAGCUCAAUAAGCUUGACUUGUCAGGAAACAUGUUCUCUGGAUCUCUCCCACAUUCCUUGGGAAAGCUCAAGAGUUUGCAGGAUCUGUCCUUGUCAAAUAAUAGGCUUAGUGGGUCUUUGCCCCAUUCCUUGAAUAGCUUGGAAAAUUUGAUUACAUUAGAUGUAUCUUAUAACAUGCUGAGUGGUAUGAUUCCUCCAAUGGGUGGGCUGAGAAAUCUUGAUAGUUUUGAUUUUAGCUCUAACAGGCUCGUGGGUGCCAUUCCAUCAGACCUGCCUGUGUCUCUGUCACAGAUGCUUCUAAGAUCAAAUUUUUUGACUGGCCAGUUGCCUUCAAGCUUGAGUAGACUUCAAAAUCUGGGUGUGUUAGAUAUUAGCUGCAAUAGAUUGAGUGGUAAUUUUGAUGGGUUCUUGUUAUCCAACCCUAAAUUGCAGCAGCUGAAUUUGUCAAACAACAGCUUUACUGCAAUCAGUGUGCAAAAUUUGUCUGCGGUGGAGAGUCAACUGGUAGCUGUGGAUAUUGGGUUCAACAAAAUAAGUGGGGUUUUGCCCUCCAACAUUGUAACUCUGCAAUCUCUGGCUUCUCUGUCUCUGAGAUACAAUCGGUUUUAUGGCCCAAUCCCUGCAGAUUAUGGUGCUAAGGCGGCUGCUGAUGUGCACCCUCUGGUUAGAUUGUAUUUAGAUGGGAAUUACCUAAGUGGAGAGAUUCCACCUCAGUUUUUGAACAUCUCUAGUGAGAAUAUCAGUGGGAGCUUUGCUAACAAUUGUCUCGAGAGCUGCCCAUCUAGUGUUUUGUUGUGCCAAGGGGCUCAAAGGCCAGCUUCUGAGUGUAGAAAUGCAUAG